CUAUACCCGUCAGUCUGACCAGCGGAUGGGCAGGUGUGAACAUCACGCGCUAUACAGCCGGUUCUUGUGGUGUUGGAAGGUGUUUUUUCGAAAUCCGUGUUCCGAACCGUGCCUUUGAAAAUGUGACAUGCAGCAGUGCGGGUUGAGUCAUACACGAUAGAAUCGGGUGUUUGCCGCAAGUCUAAAACUAAACUUCGAUACUACUAAUACGCAGUGGUGUGCGCGUUUGUGUGUGGAAGGAAAGGAAGCGUGAUCCAGAACCAAAAAACAAAACAUGACACUUCCAACGUACAGCGUGUUCAGGCCGUUUGCCAUCUUUGCGGGCGUGUUUGGCAUUUUUCAAUCGCUCAUAUGGAUCGGGUUCGCAAUUACGGGCAUCAUCGCCUAUUACUGCGAUAUCGACUUUUCCGGCCAAUCGCAAACGAUGGGAUCGCUGCUAACGUUAACGUUUUUUAAUGUCUACUUCCGAGGUACUUGCAACCAGCCGGAUAUUCCAGAGAUUGAUAUGUCUCUGGUACAGCAGCUGAAUCUGAUGCCGUCCGGCGAUGUGCACGCGUUCGUGUGGGUCUAUCUCAUCAUCCAUCUGUUCUGGGGCAUCAGCUCACUGACGCUGCUCACAAACGCACGACAAAAGUAUGUGCGCUACAUAAACGUGUUCCUGUACAUCUGGAUUAUCAUCACCAUGAUCAUCAGUGUGCUGGAUCUGGCGCUAGGUAUACUGUUCGCUAUCGAUUACGAUACGGUAGUGCACGCCCUGUUCGAGUACCCGUACGGACUCGGACAGGUGACAUCGGCGAUACAGGUGCUUGCAACCGCGGUCCACGUAUCCGGCAUCAUGAUGGUGAUGGCGUUCCGUGGUUGGAUCUUCUGGAUUGUGAACGUUUCGCUCGCGAUCUUCAUGUUCACGCAAACCUUUAAGAUAUACGACUACAACCAGAUGCGGCGCAAGCAAAAGAGUGGCACUGCAAAUGGAGGCUACGCACCGGAGGGUGAUACGAUGCGACGUCCACCAAUCGAGGCUUACGAUAUGAGCAAUAGUCAACCUCGUCCACAAACGUUUGCUCAACCAUCCUCCUCGCAGGAGUACCGCCGGCCGCUGGAACGGAUCAGCGAGGGUCCGAUUGCAGUAGAAUCACCGGUACCGCCCCAACCCGACUGGAGCCAGCAACGGUCGUUCGAACCGAAGCCAACCGUAGUCAUCAAUCGAACGCUGGAACCACUGGCAAGGCCUCAAUCGAACGAACCCGAAGAACGGCAGGACAAUCGGCCGAUCCCGCCGCCACCACCACCAAAGAACUUCAUGAACACGGUCGUCCGGCGGGAUGUAGCUGCGGCGAAGGUUGCCCGGGAGCUUAACUACCGCAACAGCUUCAACGUGAACAACAACGGUAUUGCGGCGGUUAACUUACGCCCCACGGGGCUUAACCUCACCAAUCCGGGACCGCUAACGAAUGACACGGAUCUACCGACGCCCAACUACAGCCCACCGAUGCCCCGAACGAACCCGUUCGAAAACCGUCCACCGUUGAGAUCCGUGCUGCGGAAUUCUAGAUUCCAGUAGCAGUAAUAGCGAGCGGCAGAUACCACGUGCCAUCUUCAAUGUAAGCUUCCAUCAUGCACAAACCCCACUAGUCGAUAGAUAGAAAUAAUGAAUAAAGCAGCCUUCCUAACCAUGGUACAAUGUUC